AUGCCGCCAACUUAUGACCCCCUUCCCCGGACCUCUUCCUCUUUCGACGUGCUCCGACCCAACUCUCCCUCCAACGUAUUCAAAGACAAGCCUCUACCCAACCGCCGCUGCAGUCUCCUGCGGAAAGCCCGUCGCUGCACCUCGCGCAUCUGCCGCCUGCGGUGGAUCGCCCUCCUCCUCGUAACAUGCCUGCUCUGGCAACUGGCCUUCAACGGCUCCUACCUGCUCUCGCACGCCCCACCCUACACGGUGCACGCGUCCGAGAGGGUCUUCAUCGCCGCCAACAUCAUCGACGGGGACCUCAUCACCGGGGCGUGGGGGAGGAGCCUGCUGGAGCUGGUGGAGAAGAUCGGGAGGGAGAGGGUAUUCGUGUCGAUCUACGGAGGGCCGACGGCGGCCUUGCGGCAGCUGGAGAGCACGCUGGAGUGCGAGACGCGGAUCGUGAGCGAGGAGGAGGAACCGCUGGAUAUGUCCACGAUUCCGCGGACGCUGCUGCCGUCGGGGGAGCGCAAGGUUAAGCGGAUCGCGUACUUGGCCGAGGUGAGGAAUAAAGUGCUGGAGCCGCUCUACAAGGCUGGGAAGGGAAGGCAGAAGUGGGAUAAAGUGCUGUUUCUCAACGAUGUGUUUUUCGAUGCUGAGGGUGCUACGCGGCUGCUUUGGGGGACGAAGGUUGAUAAGGAGGGAGGGAGUGCGUACAAGGCCGUCUGCGCUGCGGAUUUUGUGACGAGUUGGAAGUACUACGAUACGUUUGCUACGAGGGACGUCGAGGGCUACUCGAUUGGGGUACCGCUGUUUCCGUGGUUUUCAGCCGAGGGAGAAGCGGUGACGAGGAACGAUGUUUUGGCUGGGAAAGACGCUGUUAGAGUGAAGAGCUGCUGGGGAGGGAUGGUCGCUUUCCAGGGCGAGUAUUUCUGGGCCAGAGAUGAGGAUGGAGCUAAUGUGGAGAACGCGAGAUCCGUGUCGGCAAAUCUGCACCCAAACGCGCAGAUUCCAGGGUCGUUGGACUCCAGAUCUCAAUCAGGCAAGGACGUCAAGGCCCUCAGAGCGAACAAUGGUAUCGGCAUACCACAGCUACCUCUGAGGUUCAGAUCCGAGCCGGAGCCGUUCUGGGACUCGAGCGAAUGCUGUCUUAUUCACGCGGACAUCAUCUCCUUGGGCGGCACGCCGGAUUCCAAGACAAGCGACGAUAAAUGGGAUACGGGGAUAUAUAUGAAUCCGUACGUAAGAACCAGUUAUUCGGAAAGCACGUAUCGCUACCUCGAGUUUGCGAAGAGGUGGGAGAGGCUAUCCUCUCCUCUUCAGAGAAUGCUGAACUAUUUUGCAAACAUGCCGCGGUGGAACUACCGCCGCACCGAGACCGAAGGGGAGGUGAUGACAGACAAUCUCUGGAUCUCGAUCCAUUCGAACAUGUCGGAGAUGGCAGCCGUCUACGUGGCCGAGCAUAAUUUCGAAACUGAAGCAACUCCAGAGGCAGGCUUAGAGGAGAGGGCUACACUGGGAAAGGUUAGAGGGAAGGAGUAUUGGGAAAAUCAUGGCUACUAUGUCGGUUAUCGGCGGAUGGCUAAGCGCGGAGGGUACUGUGGGGUGAGGCAGCUGCUUGUUAUGAAGGAGGGGAAGCUGGAACCGGGGGAGGGGAACUGGGAUAAUCUGCUGGAUCGGGUGCCGCCGUUUGAUAUGUGA